GUCAGAAGUGGGAUUCGAACCCACGCCUCCAGGGGAGACUGCGACCUGAACGCCAGCAGCCGGCAGCGUGGCCGUCCAACAUUUCGCAAUGUUGGAGGAUGACGGCCAAUCAAAUCCGCGGCUCCAACAUUCCCCCACCAAUCGUCUUCGCCCAGCUCCAACAUUUGACCAAUCACGACGGAGAAAUGUUGGACGGAGCCGAGCGAAAUCCGAGCGAAGCCGAGGGAAGCCGAGAAGAUUUGCGGUAACGGCCGUCGUUUUUGAAACGGAGUUUGAGGCGACUAACGAGAAAAGUUGGACAGCAAGUGAAAUGGCAACAUCUUCCAAGUCCCACAAGGCGAUGGCGGACUCAGAGUGGAUGUCCCGCCUGAGGAAGUUUGCCAGCAGUGGCGUCUGGCCUGCAGGUGAGGGAAACAGGCCAGCUCCCAGGCAGAAGAAAUGGUUUGCCCUCUAUCAGAUGAUCGAGAGAUGUCCAAUGCAGAGACCAGGACAGAGGUCUUUGUUUGGGCAAGAGAGGCAGUGUGUGUGUCAUUUUCACACGCAGAGGGGCUCUGUGGGGCCACAGAGUGCAGCAGCAGCAGGUUACGUCCAGGGCUCUGUAGGCCCACAGAGUGCAGCAGCAGCAGGUUCCGUCCCGGGCUCUGUAGGCCCACAGAGUGCAGCAGCAUCAGGUUCCGUCCAGGGCUCUGUAGGCCCACAGAGUGCAGCAGCAGGCCAGCAGAGUGCAGCCGUGGGACAAGUGACAGCCGGCCAUAAACAGAGAUUGUUAAAUUUGUCAAUGUUUACCAAGCCGAGAUUUGGUGGCGCUCAUGUUGCUGCUGCAAAGCCAAAUCUGAGCAGAGCCAGAAAAGCAACAGAGACCCAAGUCGUCAGCCCCACUGAAUCAUGCACCAGCUCCCCAGCCAGCAUUGCUGUCUCAUCUCCAGACAUUGUGACAGAUGCUCCAGGUCCAGUGCCUGUCCUCAGCACCACAGCAGUGUGUGCCACCGUCACAGCUGCGCAACCCAGGACAGAGACAUCACUUCAGCUGCCCCGUUUGUGGUCAGAGGGUUUGCCACCUGCAGACCACAAAUGGAUUGAAAAAUAUGUUUUGAAGAUGGGGCCCAGGGGAAAACUAGAGCUUCAAGACAACUUGAAGCUCUGGUACUAUCCACCACAGCCAAGUCCCCUCUACCACCAGGCUCCUGCUCCAGACCGGUUUUUCGCCCACCCACUUCUUGUUUGGAUGCCCUACAAACUGUGGAAGGUGAGGGUGGUCUGUCCCAACCCUGCCUGUGGACGCCACCAACUCACAGGAGCAGGACUGCACAAGAGGGCACGUCGGGUUCUGGAUGUGGACAGGAUCUACAACAUGGUGACAGAGACUCUAACCUGCACCAAGUGUAGAGCCAACCACGUGUCUUGGAGUCAGACUGUCCUGAAACAACUGGACUUGGCACACAGGUCGGAAUUUCGGGUCAUCCUAACACAAAAGUUUGCUUGUGAUAUCCGGGUGAUCCGACUUCUGCGGGAGAGAGGCCUGGGGAACAGCCCUACACGGGUUUUGAAGCAGCUCAGGGAGAACCACACAGAGGAAUGGCUUCACCGUGUGGCACGGUACACCACAGAGUGUGUGGACUUCCUCCAGCGGCCCGGACUGUUGCCCAUGGCGUUCCCUGAGCCUCCAGAGCCUGCUGUGGUGCCGAGCUGUAAGUGGCUCCUCUCCGUUUACAGCCAGGAUAUUCUGACGAGGCUGGAGGACAUCAAGGCCAGAAUCACUUCCAUCUAUGGCAACAUACUAAAGAUGGAUUCCACUAAGAAGAUCACCAAGAAGCUUGCCGGGACUGCCAAGGGCACAGCACUCUGGCUCACCUCAGUGGGAAAUGAGUAUGGUCAGAUACUGAUGAGUGUGCUGACUGCUCAGGAGGGAACUGGCCUGGACAUGAUGGCGGCGGAUCUGGUCAAGCGGUACCAGCGGGCAGGUGUGGACCCCCCUGUCAUCCUGUAUGUGGACUGUGGCUGCUGUGCUGAGGCGGUGGAGACCAAGUUGAAGGUCAGAUUCAGUGGGUGGCCAGACCUGACAGUAAGGCUGGAUAUCUGGCACUUCAUGCGCCGACUUGCCCUGGGAUGCACAACAGAUGCUCAUCAGCUGUACCCAGUUUUCAUGUCGCGCCUAUCAUCAUGCUUGUUUGAGUGGGAUGCAGCUGAUUUAGCUCUGUUGCGUGAAGCAAAAAAACAGCAGCUUCAGUCUCAGGGCCGGCCUUGUCUCACCGAUGGGGACAUCAGCAGACACCUGUCCAGGGAGGAGCUGGCUCUCCACUGCCGGAGGAGGACCCGUGGUGAGGAGACCACCACUAAGCUGCUGGAGGAGCUGCUGCAGGGGCUGAUGGGUGAUAGCGGGAACGACUCCCUUGGAGUUCCGCUGUUUGACAGGGAGAGGAUGCAGCACAUCUGGCAUGUCCAGAAAAAGCACAUCAAGUGCAUCCAGGAUCUGCCAGGUGUUGCUUUGUACACCAAAACAGGGGAACUCACAAAGGGAGGUUUGCGGCUACCGACGUACAGAUGUGCCAGAGGCUCGACAUCUUUGGAGUCCUUUCAUCUCCAUCUGAACCGCUUCAUACCAGGGACCAGUGCCAACAGCCUGAAUUUUCAGGCAUACCUGCUGGAGGGACUCCAUAGGUGGAACCAGGACCGCGGUAGUGCUGCGCUAUCUACUACACCAUCACCUUUACGCAGCUACUCGGGUGACCUGCUUCACUGCGUAAACAAAAACUUCGAGACGCUGUUUGGCAAGAAGGUGGCACCAGAGUUCUGUCCACCCUCACGUUACACUGGAGAGCUCAUAGGGCUUCAGUAUCUGUUCCGGCAGACUGGUCAGGCACUGCAGGACAUGCACCCUGACUCAGAGGAGACUGCUGAGUUGAUUGAACAGCACGAGGAUGAUGUGGAAACAGAUGAGGGCUUCGCUGACAUCCCAGACGACCCCACAGUGGCGGACCUGGAGGUCCCUGCAGCGUCUCUCACUCCUGCUCCCUCAUCCAGUCUGGUGUCCACCGUCUCCACCCUGGUGAUCACCACAUCUGGCAUGGCUCCUGGCACAUCCACCCUGAGCGUGGGCACAUCCUCAGCGGUUUUCGGCUCAUCCACCAUAGAUACUGCCCUGCCUCCUGGAACAUCAGUCCUGGCUAUUCGCACAUCUUCCAUGGCCUCUGGUGCAUCCAUCAUGCCCUCUACUUCAUCUGCUGAGGCUGGAGUGGAUAUGCAGGCUGAAGAUGAAGAUAUGGCUGUUGAUGACCAAAAUAUUCCUGGAUACCAGCACGUGGACAGACUGGCUGAGUAUCUGGUGAAGCUGCGGGAGCAGACGUCUCUCUAUCUCACCAACCAGCAGACCAGUGCCAUUAUAGCGCUGUGGGAGAAGCUGGACGAAGGUGACAAGCAGCGGGUGAUUUAUGCAGCACGACACCAGGGGAGACUUUUGAGUGGACGGUUCAGGACACCGAAGAAGCCCUCACAAACUCCUGGUGUGGAGAGCACCACCCGUUGCAUGUUAGGUGCAAGUAGUGCUCCUGCUCAGUGGCCAAACUGUUGUCGGUUGGUGGAGAACAUUUUUAUUAGACUCUGUGAUCUCCACCAAGGCCCAGUGAGGAAAGGCAAGGGGGCUGACUCAAGGUGGUCCUUAAUUCUGAGAGACUACCACAAAAUCAGGCAGCUUGUUGUUGGCAACUCUCUGGUGAUGCAGGGAUCAGAGAUUCAGCUGGUGGAGGUGAAUCAGAACACCCUCAUCCAGUGGCACAACAGCAGGCAGAAGAGGCAGGAGCUCUCUGUGCUGCUUCAGGGUACUGUGUUGCCUCCAGCCCUUCCUGAGUCUGAGGAGCCUCUUCAGGAAGCGAGAGCUCUCCCUGCUGAGCCCAGGUCAGCUCGACACGAGCACCAGUACCACCUGCCGGAGAGCACAGCAGGUCAGGCACAACAGAGGCCGACAGCCUCUAGUCACCCCAUCAUGCCAAAGGCACCAGUGAAGAGGCUUGUGCUUGUCAUGCCCCCAGCACCUCAGAUCGCCACGGCAACAGGACAAAUUCUUCCUCAUUUUGUCACAGUGGCCCUUCCUGCACCGGUUCAGGGCACCAACCCUCAAAUAACUGAGCCCAACACCACAGCGGAGUCUGGACCUCCACCAAAGAGGCCCUACAGGAGAACAGUGGAGGCAAACACCUGUAAAAGGUGUGGCCAGUUCCGCACUGCUGAGACUGGACACAGCCAGUACCGUGGCAGAGUGUAUUGCCCUGCGUUUGAUACACUCACCAAACAGCAGUGGUUGGAGGAAAUGAGGAAGAAAUUCUCAAAAUAACUUGUAAUAUAUUGUAAAUAAAUAAUCCUUGUAAAUAAUAGUUAAAUUGUAAAUAGUUUGAAAUAUUCUUUGUUUAAGUAUUAAUAUAUUAUCCUGUUUACUGUGAAUAGUUGUAUGAUAACUCAAUAUUUCUACAUUUGAUAGAAAAGAAAAGUUAUAUCCAUUGUAAAUAGAUAAUGGUAAUUGACAAUUGUAUUGUAUGUAAAGUUUAGUUUAGUUGUUACUAAGCUAGUUGUUAUUAGUUGUUUAGUUGUAUUGUAAACUUUGGUUUAGUUUUGGUUGUUACUUAAAUGUUGUUUAUUGAAGUAUGGCUACUGUGGUGUGAAAAAAUCUAAUUUUCUAUAUUUUGAUUCUGUUGUAAUUAAAUCUUUCCAAAGUUUCUGUUUCUUCUCUCCAUGAACAAACAAAGCUGGUGUACACCAAAUGUACAAGUGGAUGUUUUUAAUGAUGACAACGACAACAUUCAACAACAGUAACAGUUUACAAUUUAAUUAACUUGACAACUCUUGAAAAAACAGCAUGUUAUUUCAUUUCAUUUAUACAGGAAAAGAUUAAAAGUUACAGGCAACAGUUAAGUUGUUACAGUUUUGUUACAGUGUUGUGCAGCACAUCAACAGCAUGUUCAUUUUUCUCUAUGAAAACAGAGAGAAAGAAACAUGCUCAGAAAAGGCUUUUUUUUUUACUGAUAAAUGAUGGAGGUGGUCUCUUGUAAACAUGCGCAGGAAUUUCAGAAUGACAGUCAGCAAUGGAAAGAUCUGCCAUCCAAGUGAUGAGCCUUUGUCAGUGGGCAGUGUCACUAUUUAUAAAAAGAUGCCAAAUGAUCCUCAUUUAAGUGAGGAAGCAUUUAUUAAUUAUUGCCUAAAUAUUUACAACCUAAGGAAGGAAAUGGAGGCCCCGUCAGCGCCCAAGCUAGGGAAUACCCCUAUCGCCGGUGGUUAUGUCCAAAUAAGGCAAUGUGCGUCAAGGAGCGACAGUUCGUCGGUUCGAAUCCAGGCCGCGGUGUGUCAAAAACACUUGAACGCAUCAAAAGUUUCCAAAUUGCGUUCAGGCGGCUAGAAAUGCUUUAUAAAUGUGCAAGAUGGCCAAUGUUUUCCUUCUUUCCUCCUUUUCUCCCUUUUUUCCUCUUUUUCUCCCUUUUUCCUCUUCCCCCU